AUGAGCCUGGUCUGUGUUCAGGUGGGACUAUUUGCAUUUUGGAUCUUUGGUUCCUGGGGUUGGCUGAGUAACAAAUGUAUCCUCUAUGAGAAAGUGAAUUACUGGAUGUACAUUCACGCUAACUGCCCAAGCAUGAUCGGCUUCACUGCCAGUUGCUGGGAUAUAUAUGACCUCAAAGUCAACCUCUCUGUUGUUCCAUCAAACUACCAGACCCUCUGUCUCGAGAUCAGGAGUGGAUACGUAAUGCAAUCUGGCGCUCUCUCUCGAUUCUAUGCUCUUGAGAGACUUCACCUAGAGGGCUUUCUACCCACGAUUCUCCAUGGCACCUUCAAGGGACUGUCCAGUGUAAAGACACUCUCUCUGAACUGUAAGGGGAUGAUACAGUGUAACACUGCAUCGCUUCUAUCCAACACUUUCAGGGACCUGACUAAUCUGGAGGAACUUUCCAUUGACGAUUGCAUGCUUUCUGUGAUGGCACUGGACGUAUUUGGAGGGAUCCCGCUAUUGAAGAAACUCACAGUCAACAGAUGUUGUGCACGGGAGCUAUCUGAUUUGCUAUGCAGGAUAGUUAAUAUGUCACAGUCAAUAACAAGCCUGACAUUUAAGUCAGAGGAGAUAGUCACUUUGAGACCCCCAAACUGCUCUGACACCAAAGGAGCUGUUCUUGAGCUUCCUCAUUUCUAUCGUCUUCAAGAGGUGAGAUUUUCAUUCCCUAACGCUCAUCACUUAGAAAAAGGUGCAUUCAAAUGCUUUGAAAACAUCACAGAUCUAUAG